AUGCGCUUGAUAAUAAAACGUCUGUUUCACACAAGUCGACAAUUGCAAUUCGUAGUCAAUGAAAGAUGGACGACAACUCACUACACGCAGAAACCUCGAGAAAGUGAUCCAAGGUGGAAAGAUGUCGACAUGACAAGACAUGCUGAACAAUACGAUGUCGUAGUUGUUGGUGGAGGCCCAGCUGGUUUGUCAACAGCAAUUCGGUUACAACAACUGGCAGCAGAGCAGAAAAAAGAAGUGAGAGUCUGCGUAUUGGAAAAAGGUCCCUACAUCGGAGCUCACACAUUAUCGGGUGCUGUUAUGGAUCCCAGAGGACUCGACCAUCUUUUCCCUGAUUGGAGAAAUAUGGGAGCUCCUGUUGUUCAAAAAGUGACCUCGGAAACGGUUGGGAUUUGCACUAAAAAUUCCAGGUUUCCUGUUCCUAGUCUUCCAGGAAGUCCACUAUAUAAUAUUGGUUACUAUAUUGUUAGAUUAGGUUCUUUAACAAAGUGGCUUGGCGAAAAGGCGGAAGAAAUGGGUGUAGAUAUUUAUCCCGGGUAUGCAGGUCAAGAAGUCUUGUUCAAUUCAGAUGGAAGUGUUAAAGGAAUUGCUACAAACGAUGUUGGGAUUGCGAAGGAUGGUUCUCCAAAGGAGACAUUCGAACGUGGUAUGGAGUUGCAUGCAAAGUGUACUGUGUUUGCUGAAGGUUGCCGAGGCCAUUUGUCACAGCAAGUUAUGAAAAAGUAUGAUCUGAAUGCAAAUAGGGGUAAUAUGGUUUAUGCAAUUGGAUUAAAGGAGCUGUGGGAAGUUGAUAAAUCCGUGCACAAACCAGGGCAUGUGGAGCACACGCUUGGUUAUCCGCUGAAUUUGGAUGGUAAUGGAGGAUCGUUUUUAUACCAUUUAGAGGACAAAGGAAAAAAUUUGGUUUCAUUAGGUUACGUUGUUGCCCUUGGUUACAGAAAUCCUUACCUUAAUCCGUAUCAGAUCUUCCAACUUUUUAAACAACAUCCAUCAGUUCGAAAAGUUUUGGAGAGUGGAACCAGAGUGGGUUAUGGUGCUAGAGCGAUAAACGAUGGUGGUUUACAAGCCGUACCGAAAUUGACAUUUCCAGGUGGUUGCCUAGUUGGGUGUGCAGGUGGCCUUCUGGAUGUCGCAAGGCUUAAAGGGGUGCAUAAUGCUAUUAAAAGUGGAAUGUUAGCAGCUGAAUCUGAAUUAUCAAUCCUAUCAAGACCUUGCACUAUUACACCUAGUAAUUAUGAGGAUAUGUUACGUGACUCUUGGGUCAUAAAAGAAAUGAAAAAGUCGCGUAAUAUCAAGCCUUCUUUCGAAACCAAACUCGGUUGGUUAGGUGGGAUGGUGUAUACAGGAAUUUUCUAUUUUACACUCCGGGGUCUGGAACCAUGGACGCUGAAGCAGAAAGAGAAAGAUAACGAAAGGACAGAGCUAGCUAGCAAGCAUAAACCUAUAGAAUAUCCAAAGCCCGAUGGAAAAAUAACAUUCGAUUUACUUUCUUCGGUAGCAUUUACUGGGACUAAUCAUGAGGAGGACCAGCCAUCACAUUUAACACUGGAAGAUGAUAAUAUUCCAGAGGAAGUGAACUGGCCGCUGUAUGCCGGACCGGAGGCUCGUUUUUGUCCUGCAGGAGUAUAUGAGUUUGUUCCUCGCAGUAACAAUGCAGGGGAAAUGCGCCUUCAAAUUAAUGCACAAAACUGUAUACAUUGCAAGACAUGCGAUAUUAAGGACACGAAACAGAAUAUCAAAUGGGUAGCUCCUGAAGGCGGUGGAGGACCGAAGUACGAUGGAAUGUGA